CUCCGCGCCCCGCCGGGCCUGCGCGCUCCGACCGGCACCGGGGCCGGCACCGGGCCCGGACAUGACCGGCGAGGCCGUGAAGGCGUUGCUGCGGCGGCUGCAGGAGCUGCAGAGCGAGCGGGCCGAGGCGUACCGGCUCUUCGAGGAGGGGUACCGGGCGUACCUGAGCAGCGCACCCCACUAUGACUUCCCGCGUUACCGGCAGCUGGUGCACGAGGUGACAGUGGCCUUCGGUGGCAUCUCCCGUGAGGUGCUGCGCAUCGCUGGGCGGCUGCGGGACGAGCUCGCCCGCCCGGACCUGGCCCAGCACCUCGCCCGCCUCCAGGAACGGGAGCAGGAGAAGCUGCAGCUGACGGCGCAGCUCCAGCUGGCCCGGCAGCAGGCGCAGGACCAGCCCGACGUGGACGCCCAUCAGCAGGAGGUGCGGGAGCUCAAGCACAAGCUAAUUAAAACCAUUGAGGCAAUCAGCGAAAUUCUCCAAGACCUCAAGUACGAUUCGGAAGAAGGCGAGUGAUGGGUGUCCCCGUGGGAACAGCUGGAGGGGCCAGCCCGUGGAACGGGGGCCCUGCUCGCCGCCCCCCUGGUACCUACACCACCUCAGCAAGGUGGGCAUCUUCCUCUCAACCCCUUUUCUUGAGCACAGAUUGGAAGGGGGGGGAGGCCUCCCCCCCCUUUGGGAAAAGUGGGAUUCCCCUAAAUCCUGAGCAUCCCUCAGCUGAGGGGUCCAGCGUGGGGCUGGUUCCCCUCCCCAGCUCUGCUCUCUGUGCUGGGGCUUUGCCCAAGGAAAGACCACCAGGGCCAAGGGACCGCCUUGCUUUGACCCGCCUUGAGAGGGGCACUGCCUUCGCUGCCAGAGGGAACCCCAUGAGCAGCAGCCCCCCCCAAAUCACCUCUCUGAGAUGAGCUGUGCCCCCAGGCCCCCAGCAGCUCGGGUGCCCUGUGGGCACCCUUUCUAGGAUCAUUCAAAAUAAACCUGUCCCUACAGAGCUG